CUGGAAGGGGGCUGGGGAGUGGCUAGAAUAGUGAGCACCAAAAAGCGGUGACGUUGUGCCGAGACCCCGCCCCUUUCCUUGGAGCGCGGAGACUCGGGCUAUGGAAGCUCCGGCCAAUCAGAGGGAAGGCCCAAGGAUGACAUGGUGAUGGCAUGCAGCCAGAGGGACUCCUGCUCAAGAUCCCUCCAGGCGCUGCGGAUGGAGGCGUGGGGGAGCCUUGGAACCUCAUAGUCUAGUUUGAAUCCCAGCUCUGCCAGUUACUAGCCUGUGGUUUUGAGUCUGACAAGAUGUACCAAGUUCCACUCACGCUGGACCGGGAUGGGACCCUAGUCCGGCUCCGCUUCACCAUGGUGGCCCUAAUCACAGUCUGCUGUCCACUCGUCGCCUUUUUGUUCUGCAUCCUUUGGUCCCUGCUCUUCCACUUCAAGGAGACAACAUCUACACACUGUGGGGUGCCCAAUUACCUGCCAUCAGUGAGCUCUGCCAUUGGUGGGGAGGUUCCCCAGCGCUACGUGUGGCGCUUCUGCAUUGGCCUGCAUUCGGCACCCCGCUUCUUGGCGGCCUUCGCCUAUUGGAACCACUACCUCAGCUGUGCAUCCCCGUGUCCGGGUUACCGCCUUCUCUGCCGCCUCAACUUCAGUCUCAACGUGGUGGAGAACCUCGCGCUGCUCGUGCUCACCUACGUCUCCUCCUCCGAGGACUUCACCAUCCACGAAAACGCUUUUAUUGUGUUUAUCGCGGCAUCCCUCAGUUACAUGCUCCUCACCUGCAUUCUCUGGCGGCUGACCAAGAAGCACACAGUAAGUCAGGAGGAUCGCAAGUCCUACAGCUGGAAACAGCGGCUCUUCAUCAUCAACUUCAUCUCCUUCUUCUCGGCGCUGGCUGUCUAUUUCCGGCACAACAUGUAUUGUGAGGCUGGAGUGUAUACCAUCUUUGCCAUCCUGGAGUACACUGUUGUCCUCACCAACAUGGCGUUCCACAUGACAGCCGUGUGGGACUUCGGAAACAAAGAGCUGCUAAUAACCUCUCAGCCCGAGGAAAAGAGAUUCUGAACCUAUCUCUGAUGCUGGGAAGAGGCAACCUACUGCCCAGAAACAAGAAACCACUCUGGCCUUUCCUCUCUCCAUGUCCUCUCUGGGCCCUUCUCAAACUGGGGGCUGAGGGAGAAGAGCAGGAGUGGACAUGACAAGGCUGACCCCAGCACUGCUGACCUCUCCCCAACCCUCCCAGAGAUUUUCAAGAAACAUCACCAUUAAGUGAAAGGGCCUAAAAACUGAGCUGGCAGGAAAGCUCCACCACUUGGUGCUAAAAAGAAAAAAAGUUCUGAGGUUCAUGACCAUCCUUUAAUUUUUGACCUUUAUAAUGACACUUUUCACUGAGGUUAAGAACCCCUGAGCAGUGGAUCACUACUUGAAGAUCAUUUCUCUCUAGGCCCUUCAUUUGAUGUGUCUAGUGACUCUGCACACCCCAGAGCAGUUGUAGUUCUGUGAAUUGCCCAGGUGUUCUAGAUGUAUGCUCUUCCCUUCAGCUUCGUGUUCCCGUGUAAGCCUGGGAGGCGGCUUUGCUGGUGUCUCUGAGGUCAUCUGAUAGAAGUAGUGCUCUGUAUUUGACAGAUGACUUGGCCCAGAAGCAUCAAGCAUAGAAUGUAUUUUCCUUCCUGUCUAGAACCACUGGCUUUUGGGGCACACUGAAAUGUGCCUGUAUGCUUAGCACAUUGGAAGCUGAGACUGGUGGACUGCUUCAAGAUCCAUGCCAACCUGGGCUACAAUGAGACCUUGUCUCCAAAAUGGAGUGUUAGGCAUUGGUAGUACAUGCCUUUAAUCACAGCACAGCAGAGACAGGCAGUAACUGUCAGCUCAAGGCCAGAAUGGUCUAC